AUGUCCUCUUUGGCUGAUAGCGAGUCCACUUCGUGUGAUACUACUGCUGAUUUGGAAAAGAAAGGAAUCCCUAAGGCUACUUUUAUUGAGGAUGUUGACAAAUUCUUAAAAGACAACAACUUUUCUUCCUUACAGGAAGCAGGUCAUUCAUUUGAACAGAUGUAUAUGCGAUAUAAGCAUAUAGAGCAAGCUUUCUUCCAGAGGAAACUCAGGCUUCUUCAGCAAAUUCCUAAUAUAAGGAAAACCUUGGAUGUUGUUCGCCACCUGAAACAGAAAAGUGAAGAUCUGGAUGUAAAUUUCGAGGUUUCGAGUCAGCUUUAUGCCAAAGCUCAUAUUAAAAAAGCUGAUAAAGUUGGUCUUUGGCUAGGAGCCAAUGUAAUGCUUGAGUAUACUUUGGAUGAGGCCGAAAAGAUUCUAAUCGAGAAUGAUAAUUCAGCACAAGUGUCGAUGGUCGAUGUGGAUAACGCAUUGGAUUUUUUGAAAGAUCAAUGCACUACUGUUGAAGUAAAUCUAGCACGGCUGCAUAACUUAUCGAUCAAAAUUUCCCGCCAAACUCAGGGAGCGGCGGCUUCCUUGGCCUGA